AUGGCACUUCGAACAAUUAUCUCUGGCACAGUAAAUGACUGGCAUAUUAAUAUAGUGGAUGCUUUAAAAUUUUAUCAAACUAGUUCGACGGGUGGCGCGAAGCGCCACCCAUCUUAUUUAGUGGCAUUAGUGGUAUUCAUUUUUACAGAUGGUUUGUUAUCGCCUGGUAGCACUUCUUCAAAGUGUGUUAGAAUUGAAGAUUAUAAUGAAUCUAUCGAAUCUAUUGAUGUUUUUGGUUCUACUGUUAAUAAUUAUACGAAGUCCAUUGGAAUUAAUAGUUCUUGUGAGGUUAUUCAAGAUGAUAAAAUUGAAAAUAAAGUAAAAAUUGAGAAUCGUCAAGAAAAUGUUGUGCGUGGUGGUGGUAAAAAAGAAAAAGAUUAUAUAGGUCAUUCCUUGCGUAGUGCUUUAAGGUCACAUAAGUCUGGUACAAAUGUCACUG